GUCCACGCACCAGUGGGAGGUUUGUUCAUUACGUUGUCAAGUUUUAAUUCGUUCGGUAAAUGAUCUGUGAAAAAACCGAAGCGUUCAUCGUUGGAUCGAUAAUGGAACAAAACUGGCAAUUGUUCCUGUCCUUCCUUUGUUUUAACUUUGCAUAUUUCUUAUCUAAUUUUUCACUCGUCUGUUAUCUCCUGUGUGCAGCUGGACUCACCCUUUUGAUUUCAACGUUUUUCAACACUCUUUCGAUAACGAGCAAUGGCCGUGGUGUUCUCGUCACCGGAUGUGAUACGGGAUUCGGACACGAACUGGCAAAGAAGCUGCACUCAGAUGGGUUCACUGUUUUUGCCGGUUGUCUCGAUGGAAGGAGCAAUGGAGCCAUCAGACUGAAGAGAUUGGGUGAUGAGUCGGGACGACUGCACGUAAUCGCAAUUGAUGUCACUAGUCAGGAAGACGUAGACAAAACUCUUCGAUAUGUCGAGGCUAAUCUUCCCGAAAAAGGACUUUGGGGUCUCGUUAACAAUGCCGGCCAGUCUAGCACUCCUGGAUUUCUGGAGUGGACACCAAUGAAAAUUUACGAAACGGUGAUGGCGGUUAAUGUGUUUGGGGUCAUUCGCGUGACAAAUGCUUUCUUGCCGCUCAUUCGCAAGAGCCAAGGAAGGAUCGUGAACGUCUCUUCGAUUUUGGCUCGUACUUUGUCUCCAUUCGCUGGCUCCUACACAAUCACGAAGAACGUGAUAGAUGCGUACACGACCAUCCUUCGUCUCGAGAUGAAUCGUUUCAAUGUCAAAGUGGUUGUCGUCGAACCGGGCAACUUCAUGACGGCUACCAACUUCAGUACUUGCAACGGUCAAGGCGGAUUUGCCUUUAAUGCUCGACGAUUGUGGGACCAGUUGGACGAGAAGAUUCAAAACGACUAUGGGAAAGAAUGUUUAGAGCGUCAAAUAUUCGUAGCGGAAAAGUUGGUUGAAAUGUCUGAAGGAGAACCGAGUUAUGUUGUGAACGCUAUGGCGAGUGGCAUUCGUCGCUUGUAUCCUAAAGACCGAUAUUUUGUCGCUUCGCUUUCUGAAAAAUUCAUGGCUUGGGGUAUGCAGUAUUUGCCUCUUUGCAUUAGCGAUCUUCUCGUCUCAGGAAUUGAAUCCCAUGCCAUUCCAAUCGCCAUUGUGCCAUACGUUAAGUACAUAGUAUUGGUUCCGUCAAUCGUAAUUUUACUUUUGUUGGCUGCCAUCCUUCGUACUAUCAGUGCUUAAAUUGCCUUCAAUGCACAAAACAUGACUAUUA